UUCAUUAUGCGAUCUUCUAACUUGCAUAAUAUGUAUUCCUAUGGAACUUGCCGUCCUAUAUUAUUCCUACAUUUUUGACAGUGAUGUUGCAUGUCGUGUGAUACGCUUUUGUGUUUGUCUAGCAACAGUUACUUCUGGUAUGAUUGUAUUCAUUAUAGCACUCGAUAGAUACUUGCUUAUAUCUAGGCCUCGUGCAAAAAAAAUUACCGUUGUCAAAGCAAAGAAAAUUCUGAAAUAUUUAAUCUUAUUUUCCUUAAUUUCGAGUACACCAACACUUGUUUUGUACGGCAUACAUUUCAGAAUGGUCGGACAAUGUGAAAAUAUAGGAACAGAUUGUACCAUUUCUUCACAAGUAGCUGACACACCCUAUCCUUUAAUCUAUCAUCUUAUCCUGGGAGCCCUUUGUUAUUCGUUGUAUACUUUUAUCCUAGUAAUAUACUUAAUGAUUGGAAAGAGUGUUUGGAGAGCUGUCACACUAAAGAGUUUAAAAAAAAUUAAUUUUAUUGACUCUUCAAUCACAACUGACACCUCUACUCAAAACCCAAACCAAAGCCAAAGCCGAAGCCAAAGCCGAAGCCGAAGCCGAAGCCAAAGUGAAGACAAGGGUACUGAAGGAGAAGAGACAUCGAGAGGAAACCAACUGCACCAUUAUGAAAUCAGGGUUACACACAGUCACAAACCCCAUCUUUCAAUAGCCGAAACAACAAUAAAAACAAGAACAACAACAUCAACUAAAAGAAACUCCAACCAAAAAUGGCGGCGAGCUGAUAUCAAAUUACUUACUCAAGAAAUAACAGACAUGGACAACUUGUUCAAGAAACUUCAAAAGUUCACAAAUGAAAAAGUACUAUAA